AUGGCUUUCAGUUCCUCAACUCGGUCUUUGUUCAACCUCAAACUCACCAAGACACACUCUUCAUCACUUCAUCAUCAACCCAAGAAGAAACCCGUUGGAUCUCCAGACUAUUCUUCCGGGGAUGAAGCUCAGUCGCUUAUUUCUGAAGCAACCCAACAGGAGGAUUUUUCCUGGGUUUCUGUGAUUAUUCCCUUCCUGUUUCCAGCUUUGGGAGGUUUGCUAUUUGGGUAUGACAUUGGUGCUACUUCUGGAGCUACCAUCUCGUUACAGUCACCUGAGCUUAGUGGCACAGCUUGGUUUAAUCUUUCAGCUGUCCAGCUCGGUCUUGUGGUUAGCGGUUCCCUAUAUGGAGCUCUUUUUGGUUCCCUCCUUGUCUACCCAAUUGCUGAUUUCCUUGGCAGGAGGAGGGAACUUAUCAUAUCAGCAGUACUUUAUCUCCUUGGGGGUCUGAUCACUGCAUAUGCUCCGAGCCUUAGUGUUCUCUUAGUUGGGCGUCUUUUAUAUGGCCUUGGUAUUGGCAUGGCCAUGCAUGGGGCUCCUCUCUAUAUUGCUGAAACGUGCCCAUCUCAAAUUCGUGGAACUCUAGUGUCUUUGAAGGAGCUCCUCAUAGUUCUGGGGAUUCUGUUGGGUUAUUUUGUGGGAAGCUUUGAGAUUAAUGCAAUUGGGGGGUGGCGUUACAUGUAUGGAAUAAGCGCUCCUAUUGCUUUACUGAUGGGAAUAGGCAUGUGGCUUCUCCCGCCGUCUCCUCGCUGGUUGCUUCUCAGGGCAGCUCAAGGUAAAGGGUCUGUAAAAGAAUACAAAGAAAAAGCCAUUCUUGCCUUGAGCAAGUUGAGAGGCCGUCCUCCUGGUGACAAAGUGUCUGAAAAGCAAAUAGAAGAGACGUAUGUUUCUUUGAAGUCGGCCUAUGCAGAUCAGGAAUCUGAGGGGAGUUUGUUGGAGGUCUUUCAAGGCCCUAAUUUGAAAGCCUUCAUAAUUGCUGUGGGUUUGGUCCUUUUCCAACAGACUGCAGGAUUCUCUGCUGCCUCUGAUGCUACCAGAGUAUCAGUUGUAAUUGGAUUGUUCAAGUUUGUGAUGACAGGGAUAGCUGUCCUGAAAGUUGAUGAUCUUGGAAGAAGACCUUUGCUGAUUGUAGGAGUCAGUGGACUUGCUCUUUCCUUAUUUCUCCUUUCUGCUUACUUCAAAUUUCUCGGAGGGUUCCCACUUGUUGCUGUAGCUUCUCUUCUUCUCUAUGUUGGUUGCUACCAGAUAUCAUUUGGUCCUAUAAGUUGGCUGAUGGUGUCAGAAAUAUUCCCGCUUCGCACAAGAGGAAAAGGGAUUAGUCUUGCAGUUCUUGCUAACUUUGCUUCAAAUGCUAUUGUGACAUUUGCAUUCUCACCACUGAAGGAGGCGCUAGGAGCAGAAAACCUUUUCAUCCUCUUUGGUGUUAUUGCCUUGCUAUCUCUUCUGUUUGUUGUACUACUUGUCCCGGAAACCAAAGGUUUGAGCUUGGAAGAAAUAGAAUCCAAACUCUCGAAAUAG